AUGUCGCUUUUAUCGAAAUUAAGGUGUAUUACAGUAGAUGUUACUGGUACACUCAUAGCUUACAAAGGAGAGCUUGGUGAUUACUAUUGUAUGGCUGCUAAAGCCAUUGGUUUACCUUGUCCUGAUUAUAAACGAGUCCAUGAAGGUUUUAAACUAGCUUACACAGAUAUGGCACAGAAAUAUCCUUGUUUCGGUUUCGCUGCGAAAAUGCCAAACGUUGUUUGGUGGAAAACAUGUGUGAGAGAUUCAUUUGUCAAGGCAGGGUAUGAGUAUGAUGAGGAGACAUUUGAGAAGAUAUUUAGGCGAAUCUAUUCGACGUUUGGUUCUGGUGCACCUUACUCUGUGUUUCAAGAUUCUCGGCCGUUUUUGAGAUGGGCACGCGAUAAAGGGCUUAUAGUCGGACUUGUUAGCAACGCGGAAUAUCGAUAUAAAGAAGUGAUUUUACCUGCCUUGGGUUUGAACAAGGAAGAGUGGGAUUUUGGUGUGUUCUCUGGUAUUGAAGGGAUAGAGAAACCGGAUCCGAGGAUUUAUAGGCUCGCGUUAGAGAGAGCUGGGAACAUUGCGCCUGAAGAGGUUUUGCAUAUUGGAGACAGUAUGCGUAAAGACUAUGUUCCGGCAAAGAGUAUUGGGAUGCAUGCUUUGUUGCUUGACAGGUUUAAGACAGAAGCUGCAAAAGACUGGAGAGAAGCUGGAGCUGUAGUGCUACCGGAUUUGGUUGCUGUUCAACAAUAUUUGGACUCUGAUAAGUUGAAAUGUUAA